AUGCUUGUCGCUUUGAUCGGCUUGGCGCUUGGUGGCCGACCUAUUGUCCGCCGUCGCCUGAUCGGGCACGGAUCAUUCAACGCCGUCUUCAAGUAUACCAUCUACUUUCCCGACGAUCCGUGGCAGCCCGUGGUGCUGGUCGCACGAUUACCGAUGAGCAACGAACCGGCGUACAGGAUGGUGGCCGAGGUAACGGCAAUGAAGUUUGUGCUCACGCGCACCCGUAUCCCCGUUCCGCGCGUUAUCCAGUACUGCCCCCAGCCUAUCAACCCUGUGGGAGCGGCCUGGAUACUGCAGACCUACGUGGACGGUGAGGCCUUGGGUGACGUGUUCAAAUCGUUACCCAUGGUGAACAAGGAGCGCGUCGUACGCACACUAGCAGACUACUGUGCCCAGCUGCACAAGAUCACCUCGCCGUUUAUCGGCUCUCUGCUCCCUGGACGUGACGACCGCGGCGUCGAGCUCUGUGUGCCGCGCGCCGACUUGGCGUGGCCCUGCAGAGGCGACGACGCCGUGCAUGCGGUGUCCCGCGCAUCGCCGGACGGGGGAUUUCGCAUCGGCCCCCUCAACAGCGCGGCGUUUUCCGACGAUGUAUUGGAGCUGCUGUAUCCCAUGCACCGAUGCGGUCCUUUCUCGAAACGGUCGGAAUGGAUCAACGCCUGUGCAGGCCUGGGGAACCUUCGAGACGUGCCUGAUCUGAAACGACCGCGCUUUGCACUCGAGGAAGGGGUCCGGGUGUAUGACCAUUUAUGUGCCGGCGAGGGGCUGGCGGACAAGUACCACCUGAAUCACGGCGAUCUCUCACCAUGGAACAUCUUGUACGACCCUCGGACGGGCGCGCUGACCUGGAUCGACCUGUCGUACACAGCCUUUCUCCCCGAAUGGGCGAUCCAGCUCCCACGUGACUACGACGAUGACGAUGAGCGCUUCAUCACGUCUGAUGAUCAGCCACAGCCGCGGAACUAUGCCGAGGACACCCAUGAACGACAACGACUUCGAGCCAUCUUCCGACUAGAGUUAGUCAAGACGGCGCCCGAGUUGCUUCGAGCCCAUUGGCACGGCGUCGUGCUCCGCCAAGUCUGCAUGGCUAUCGGCGAUCCGGCGGUAGGUAACUUGAUGGUCUACCUGGAUCGGCUGCAAAACCUUGCCGUUGAGCCGUGGUCGCAGCGUCAUCCAUUCUGGCGGCCCCGCGUCUCAAUUCCGGUUGACGCAAACGAUCAGUCGUUGAUAUCUGCAUGCUGCCAAUGGGUAAUGCUCGAACAACCACCACGGGCUUACCGAAAGCCCACUCUGUACCUCUGA